AUGGGAAUUCAUAUUCGAUGGUGGGAUUGGAUUUCCAACGGUUCAUUUGAGAGUUAUUUGUAUGUCUCCAAAGUAGCUAGGGAAAGUAUUCUUCAUCAUCAAACUGGCCACGGUUUUCGAUUCAACAACGGAAAUGGAAUGUGGUCUGGUGAGAAAGGUUUGGCUAUUGAGGGUGAGGAAAGGCUAAGCCGUUUAAACGGUUAUCUCUCCGAAUUGACUGCUAGUGGAAUUAGACAUAUCUUCAAACCCUUGGAGGAAUCUGGGAUUCUGGUUUGCAGAACCGAUGAGGAGUUAUUGCGAGCUUUGGAGUGUGAACUGAUUGGAGGCUUAGUUGACUUGUCGAUGAGAGCUGUCGAAGACAGUGACAGCCACAGAGUAAUCACUGAAAAUUGUGGAGGCGGUGGUGGUGGUUUGAGUUAUGGAAGGAGCCACCGGAGAUUGCAAAGAUUCCAGUCGCGUAAAGGAGUUAUGGUUUGCAUCGUGUUCGGUGUGGAGCUCCUGCGACCACCAAAAGGAGUCAUCGGAGGUUGGAGACGCGGUAUAGACUCGCCGGAAGGUGUCACGCCGUCCACUGGAAACAUAAUCGGAUGA